GAGCAGGGAAGGGGCGAACUCACCAGAGGUGCAGUAACAGGCCAGCUUUACUCUCCAGUUUCUUUCUCCGAGUCCCGCCGAGGUGGUUUCCCGCCGACUUUCUUUCCAUACUGCACAGGCAAGGGGUGAAAGGUCACAAAAAUGGCGCUGGCCGUCAGUCUUUUACCCCGCUUGCUGCUUUCUCGGCCUCUGCCGGGCUCGGCCGCCCGACUCUGGACUCCCGGUUCGGCCGACGUGUGGCCGCCAUUGGCUGGACUUUGCUGCUUCUGCCGCCGCCGCCUCGGCUCGGGAGCGGCCCCAUUUCCUCGAGUCUCUUGGGCCUCCGCGGCCUUGGCGCUGCCUGCUCGGGCUCCUCAGCGUCCCCUGCUCAGCCCUCUGGGACUCCGCACAACCCUUCCCGCUUUCCCUUUCUGCCCUCGGCGAACCUACAGCACCGAGGAGCAGCCCCAGCAGCGCCAGAAAACCAAGAUGAUCAUCCUGGGGUUCUCCAACCCCAUCAGCUGGAUUCGGACUCGAAUUUACUCCUUCCUUAUCUGGGCCUAUUUCGACCAAGAGUUCAGCAUCGCAGAAUUCAUGGAGGGAGCGAAGCAGGCUUUUGCUCAUGUGUCCAAGUUGCUGUCACAGAGUAAGUUUGAUCUACUGGAAGAACUUGUGGCCAAAGAGACACUACGUGUAUUGAAAGAAAAGGUUACUUCACUACCUGACAACCAUAAAAAUGCCCUUGCUGCUGACAUAGAUGAAAUUGUAUAUACAUCAACAGGAGACAUCUCCAUUUACUACGAUGAGAAAGAUUUCAGAGGGAGUUUACACAAGGAGUAAAACCUGACUGGACCAUUGCACGGAUUGAACACCCAAAGUUAUUAGAAUAAUCGAUCUUGGAAAAAUCAGCUUAUUGGACUUUUAGCAAUUACUGUGAAGAACUAAGGAAGAAAAAAUUUUCAGAUCAGUUGAUCUUCACUUAAUCAAGUCUGUGGAUUACUUUUGUAUUAUUUUGAAAUACUCCUUGUAGUAAAUUGGCAUGAUACAAUAAAGCAUUUUCCACAGAUUGUCAUCACUUUCUGUAGAAGAAGUCAAAGUAAAAAAAUUACAGCAGCCCAUCAUUGGCAUCAUAUUCAGUAUCAUUUCUCAUGUUACAUGUAUAUGUAUAUAUACACAAACUCAUUUUAUAGACAAUAAAGAAGAUAUUGAAAAAAUUACACAUUUCUAAAUUAAUAGUCCUUAAAUAUUUUAUUUGUGGUUAAUACACUUAUACCAAUAAUUCAAGUAUGUGUAAGAUUUAUUUUUAAAAAUCACUGCUGCUAUUUGAUUACCUCUUUGGUCACUAGCUGAAUGAGAAAGAACAGAUGGAAUUAUAGCAGAUGGGUCACUACAGUACUAAAAAUCAGUGAGGCUUACUAAAGCACAAAGAGAAAAAAGAAAAAAACAGUAACUUAACUCCCCUAUGAAGUAAUAUCAAGUCUUCUAACAUACUUGUAUUUGGACUCCUAGAAGUUGGGAUAGGGGAGACAAAAACAAUGUAAGAAAUAAUGUCUGAAAGUUUUCCUAAUUGAUGAAAACUAUAAACCCACCGAUCCAAGAAAUUCAGCAAGCAGGGAAGCACAUAAAGAAAACCUCACUAAGGUACAUCAUAAUCAAAUUGCUGAAAACUAGAGAAAAUUAGAAAAGCAGCUAGAGAAAAAAAAAAGACACAUUCCAUACAGAGAAUGACUGUAUUUCUUUUCUCAAACUAUGCAGGUUAGAGGCCUUGGCAUGACAUCUUUAAAGUACUGAAAGAAAUAAACCUGUUGACCUAGAAUUCUAUAUUCAGCAAAAAUAUCCUUCAGAAAAGGUGAGAAAAGACUUUUUCAGACAAGGAAAAGAUGAGAGAAUUUGUUGACGGAAGACCUGUUUUAUAAGAAAUGUUAGGGGCUAGUGGACAGAAUAGAGUAAAAGGACCCAUGCAUAUUGGACAAUUGAUUUUUGACAAAGGUGCCAUAGUUAUUCAAUGAGAAAAAAAAAAGUGUUUUUAACAAAUGGGUAACUAUAUAUUCAAAUAGGAAAUAACCUCAUCUCUCACCUCACACCAUACACAAUUUUAGUGCAAAAUUUAGAUUGCAAAAUGGAUCAUAGACUUAACAAAAGCUAAUACUCUAGAAAUUGUAGAAGGAAACAUAGAAAUUGCUGUCUUGGGAUAGAGAAAGAUUUCUUAGGAGACAAAAAGUGUGAAUCAUGAAAGAAAAAUUUAUAAA